UCAGGCGCCCAGUGUCAGGUGUAGAGGCCGGGCAGGGGAAGCAGCGCGCCGGGGGCGGGCGGCGGCGGCCUCUCCCUCUGCCCCCCUCCCCGCCGGAGCAGGCCGCACGGCCUCCUCCCUCGCCCGACCGCCGCCCCCCUUUCUCUCUCACCCACCACCGUCGCCCGUUAUAAAAAUAAGGAGGAUGGAAGAAUAAAAGGCAGCGUGUUCACUUCCAGCUGCUUAUCUCUCGCUCUCUGUGAUUCACACUCACCACAGAAGGCAGGAAAGCGUCGAUUCACCUCAGGACGCGGGCGGCCCAGGGCGGACGGGCCGAAGCGGCUCGACCCGGCCCGUGAGGAGGAAUCUUCACCCCGGUCUCUGCGGAUUCCUUCGACAAGAAAUAAAAGCGAGCAUCUCUGGAGAAAAGGCGGCUGAGAGAGGUAACAGACAACAACAGCCGCUGCCGAAGAAAUAAGAUAAAGGAGGAGGGGAAAAGACUGAUGGCAAAAAAAAACAAAAUGUUCUGCCAUUGAAACGACUGGAGAUAACAGGAAUGAUCCAUACCUCUUUUUGAGGUAAACCACCACCAUCCCCACCCCCAUCCCCACCUUGGGGCAGAGAGGCGCCUGUUUAUAUAUUUUAUUAUAAUUUGUUGAACAGAGGUGGUGGGUGGACGUGGAGGAGGCCUCUUUCCUCUGUGAAGAUAAAGGAUCUGCAUCUUGGACAAUAAGGAGUGGAUGAAUGGCCGAAGGUCAGUGAGAUCCCCUGAGUGUGGCUUGAAAAGAAGGGUGUCCAGGAGGAGGGGCUGGCGCCCGCAGUUUUGCCCCCACCACCUGGCCCCUGGAAAAUGUCCAGUGGCCUCCAGGAUGCAGCCAUCAGCAGUUUUCUGCAGUUCAUCGAGGAGAAGGGUCUGAAGGCUUACAACUCACUAACAAGCCUCAGCUGCAGUUCUGACAGCGCUGGCCGCUCCCUCUGCCACGAGAUGAACCUGCUGUACCGUAAAACCAAGGUGGAUUGGAAGCACAGGGAGGAGGAACCGAAGAAAAGCAUCUGCAAGGAUGGGGGUCUGGCCAGGGUCCGGGACUUGGCCUCCUUCCGCAAGCACUUCCGCAUGGGCUUCAUGACCAUGCCUGCCUCCCAGGAGCAUGGCCCCCACCCGUGUGCCAGUGGCAUGACCACGCGCUCACUGUCCCUUCACUCGGUGGGCAGUGUGGACAACAGCGAGCACCCCUGCACCCGCAAACAGUCCGACAAACCCCGGCGCCACCCCAGCACCAAGCUCAGCCUGUGCAGCGAAGGCAGGAACAGCACCAGCAGGGAAGGAGACGGGCCGAAUGGUGAGACAGCUCCCCAAAGAUCUGGUGCCAAGGGAGGCGACAGUGUUGGGCAGAGGCUCCUCCCACUGAAGGCCAAGUUCUGCCCCAGUGCCCAGCUCUCCGUGUCCUUCGACGAAGCAUGUCCCAGCCGGGGGACGGCAGCACCAGCCAGCGUCUGCCCCAGGGGAGGCCAUUCCCGGCGUGGCUUGGAGGAGGAGGGGGAGAGGCGGGGCGAGGAUGAGGAAGAGGAGGAGGAGCCCGUCUACAUCGAAAUGGUGGGCGAUGUGUUCAAGGAGCAGGCGGCGGCCGCCGAUGAGGACUCCGAGCACAGUGAAGCCAUCUACGAGGAGAUGAAGUACCCACUGGCUGAAGAUGGUCCACGGGAGGCCAAGUGGGGCAAGCACUCUGAGACAACCCCCAGGCUUCCUGGAGACGCCGGCCACGGGGCGUCCAAGAGCCACCAACCCGGCUCUCGGGGUCCGCCAUAUGAGAUCCCACCCCCCUUCCCUAACCUUCUACUCCACCGUCCUCCCCUCCUCGCCUUCCCCCAAGGUGGAGGCGGCCAGAAGGUCUACCCGGAGGCACCUCCUCCCCCACCACCCCACGGAGAACCCCCUCCCAGCCCAGGGACCCCACGACCCCAGAAGGAGGACAGACCCCCCUCAGGUCAGCUGCUUCCCUCAGGUCGUGCGAGGAGCCACUCGACCCCAUUGCCACCGCAAGCAUCAGCACCGUACCGGCCCGAGAAGGAGUUGCCCAACUCCCAGACCAUGGUCUGCACACCAUCCAAAGCACUGGCCCAAGUGUCACAAGCCCUGGGCCCGCCCAAGGUGGACAGGGACAAGAUGGCCUCACUCAGUGUCGUCUGCUCCUCGGUCAGGGUGACAGCCCACCCACUAUUGGCCCACAUCCCUGGGGAGGCAAAGAUGGCCACCGACAAGGAGCUGCCCAGCGUCUUCCACCCAGCAGGGAGGGGUAUCACUGGCUCCCGGCCCCUGUCUGGCCUUUGCCGAAUGCCCAUGGCCCACGGGCUGCUGGAGCACGCCGGCCUGCCAGCGCCUGCAGCCGUCUUCUGGCCCUACCUACCGGGGGCGUGCAGGCGUCCUCCCGCCUAUGACAGCCUGAGGUCCAAGGCCUGUGUCACCGCCAGCAUCACAACGCACUCCACAGUGAAGACCCAGCAAAUGCAGGAGCGUCCAUCCUCCUCCAUCUCCAUCUGCUGCUCCAAGUCGCUGGUCAGCGCUGAGUCCCGGCCGGCAACAGGCACUGGGGUUGAGGCAGCUGGAGGACCCAGCAGGGGCUGGCAGCGCAGGUUGUCCAGCGGAAAGAAGGUCAAGGAAUCAGAAGGUGGCCCUCGAAGCCGGGGUGGAGCCGAAGAACCCCUGGCCAAGGAAGAGAAGCCCGCGGCCAUCCCGGUGAAAUCUCAGGGACUGGAGGACUCAGCCGUCAGAGCUCCCUCGCGAUCAGGAGUACACCAACCCUGCCCGCUGGUGUGCCAGUGGAGUGCAGACUCUGCUCUCAACCAGCGACUUGGCCGCUCUGCUUCCACGUCAGGAGUCCAACACUCUCUGGCUCAACUCCAGCGACAGUGCAGCCAGCUGAGGGAAAGCCCUACCCAGGGUUUCCAGCAGCCACAGGGGCCAAGGGAGAAAGACGGGAAGCUUCUGGAAGUUAUUGAGCGGAAGCGCUGCCUCUGCAAGGAGAUCAAAGCCCGUCGGGGUCCUGACCGGAGCCUCUGUAAGCAGGACAGUAUGCCCAUCCUUCCCAGCUGGAAGAAGGGCAUGGAUACACGGAAAGCCGGGACACCGCCCUGUCAACGGCAGCACACCGUCCUCUGGGAUACAGCCAUCUGAUGUUGCCCAGUUCCCCGAGUCACCAGGAGAACACGAGGGGCCAUGGUUUCCCCGGGCAACCCACAACAUUUGAACUCCAUGGGCCUGGAGUUGCGUCGAAUUCACCCAGGCAGACACUCCACCCCAGCCCCCAAAACUCACACCCCUCCCCAAACCCUUCACCAUCCUUCAUCCUCCAUGCAACAAGGAUCAGAUGGAGUGGGGGGAAGGUGUUUGUGUAGGGGUGGGGGGUGCGGUGGGUGUGCGAGACGUGGAACAAAGCCUAUGGCAUUCCAGAUCAAGGUCAUGAACCCUGCAUCACAAGAUGCGGAGUGAUCCAAUCAUCAACGGAGAACAAUAAGUUGCCUUAGAAGCAAGAGUUCAUGGAGGAGAAGGUUUAGGAGAUAUUUAUUGAUGUUAAUGCAUUGCUUCUCUCUUGGGAUAGAGCAUGCCAAACCUGGGGUGUUUUGAAGAGUGUCCUGGGUUAGGUUGCCUCUGUCGUUCCAUCAAACCCAACACACAGCUGACUGACCCUCCCCCCCCACGCCCCCCCCCCCGGUCCAAUCCACAAAAUCCAAGGGAAACAUUUCAGUUUCAAUCCAGCUCACUGUCUGGGUAACUUGUGCCAACCAAGCUGGAAAUCCUACAAUGUACUCAGGUGCCAACUGUUAUUUCAUUGUGCCAAGCCCUCUGCCCAUUGAGAGAGGCUGAACUGAGGAAAGACCAGUAGACAUGGGGCUUCGACUUCCGAGGGCGUAGGAGCAAGGCUGUCUGAGACCAGGCUCAGCAGGCUGGAUACAGUGAGGAUGUUUCUGCUGCUCGAGGGGGGUCUAGAACAGGACCUAACAACUCAGAAUAAAGGGUAACAUUGAGGGGAAGGAGAAAUAGCUUCACUCAGGCUGGGGAAAUCUCACCUCCAGAUCCCCGAGGAAGCUCCAUUGCAGAGUUUGUUCAAACUACCCAUCAGGGUACAGAGGGGAGACGAAGAUCAUGGAGGGAAAAGGUGAGCCGAGAUCUUGAUGGGGCAGGUAGAAAUGUUCUUAGUUAGAGAAGGGCAAAUCAUCAAACAGAAGGGAGGUAGGAGGAUGAGAGCGCGGACGGAGCAGAGGAAUUUGCUGUAACAUUGAGAUCAAACAUAAUCCCCAACAAAUUCUAUACACACACUGAAGAUCCUUGACCUAACAACCAAACUACUACCCUGGGGUGAGGUACAGGUCAUCAUUCCGAGAGACCAGGUGACCCAGCAUUGACCGCACAGGGUGGGACAGUGUGGAGGGACCUUCACUAUGCAUCCGACCCUGGGAGUGUGUGAUGGGACAGUGUAGAGGGAGCUUCACUCUGUGUCUGAUCCCGGGAGUGUGUGAUGGGACAGUGUAGAGGGAGCUUCACUCUGUGUCUGACCCUGGGAGUGUGUGAUGGGACAGUGUAGAGGGAGCUUCACUCUGUGUCUGACCCUGGGAGUGUGUGAUGGGACAGUGUAGAGGGAGCUUCACUCUGUGUCUGACCCUGGGAGUGUGUGAUGGGACAGUGUAGAGGGAGCUUCACUCUGUGUCUGACCCUGGGAGUGUGUGAUGGGACAGUGUAGAGGGAGCUUCACUCUGUGUCUGAUCCCGGGAGUGUGUGAUGGGACAGUGUAGAGGGAGCUUCACUCUGUCUGAUCCUGGGAGUGUGUGAUGGGACAGUGUAGAGGGAGCUUCACUCUGUGUCUGAUCCCGGGAGUGUGUGAUGGGACAGUGUAGAGGGAGUUUCACUCUGUGACUGACCCUGGGAGUGUGUGAUGGGACAGUGUAGGGGGAGCUUCACUCUGUGUCUGAUCCCGGGAGUGUGUGAUGGGACAGUGUAGAGGGAGCUUCACUCUGUGUCUGACCCUGGGAGUGUGUGAUGGGACAGUGUAGAGGGAGAUUCACCCUGUGUCUGACCCUGGGAGUGUGUGAUGGGACAGUGUAGAGGGAGCUUCACUCUGUGUCUGACCCUGGGAGUGUGUGAUGGGACAGUGUAGAGGGAGCUUCACUCUGUGUCUGACCCUGGGAGUGUGUGAUGGGACAGUGUAGAGGGAGCUCCACUUUGUGUCUGACUGCACCCCCAGUACCUCCCCCACAUUAUCCUGUCCUCCACAGUCCCAGGACAGAAAGAAUUAGUAACUUUGUGGCCUGAAUCAGCCCUCCCAUCACACUGUGCCUCAGUGACAAGCAAGGUUGCUCACUUGCACAGGUAGACAUUGGCAAUCACACAUGUAUGUAUACGCAUAUGUGCAUGUACAUACACCCUAACUCAUUCAUAAACACACUUGCAGGCAGCUCAGAGCACAGUCAUAUACCAACAUACCACUGGACAGGCGCUGUGGCAGUUGUAACGCUAUUACAACUCGUGGCAUUGGAGUUAGUUAAAUUUUGGUGUCCUCUGGAAGAAGUCUGUACAAGCUCACGUUGGAAUGAUUGGGUUUUUUCUGGGUGCUCUGGUUUCCUCCCACCAUCUGAAGACCUACUAGACAGGUUAUUAGGUCAUUAUAAGUUGUUCUGUGAUUAGGUUAGGGUUGAAUUGAGGGACUGCUGGGUGGCAUGGCUCAAAGGACAGAAGAGCCUACUCCGUGCUGUAUCUCUAAAAUAAAAAUAAGAUGUAUACACAUGCACAAAUAUUUACAAACACUCAUGCUCAUUGUCGCAGAUUUACACACAUGCUCUCUAACACACGCACUCACAGUCAGAGACACACCAAACGCUCACACAUACCCACUCACAGACUAACACAAACACACGUUUCAUACAGUCACCUGAUUGCAAAUGUCCUCACAUCUACACGCUCAAUUCAUAUCCCACAGACACACCUACAGAUACAGAGCACGAGAACAGCCAUUAGCUGAUUGUGCUGUGUUCCCGAGGUGCCCCCAGUGCAUCACCCACUUCAGGACUGAGUGGUCUUGCACUCUGUACCAUAUUCAGCAACAGUGUCUGCCCUGCGCUGACCACCUUGGGCACCUCCUCCCCCCUUCCUCGCUUGACAGGUCCUCUCUUCACCCUCCAUCCCAGAAACCACACACGUUGCACUGAACUAGUGAUUACUUCUUACACCCAGGACCCCAAAUCUUGUAAUCCGGAGUAAGAAUUGGACGCAGCACUUUACAAGGUGAUGUUCCCCCAAACGGAGUUAGUCAGAGUAGGGGCUAAGGAAAAAGGUACCUAACCACACCUUGCCUUGGAAAAAUCCCACUUGCCACCACAACUUCACAUAUGAGUGUCUAACAGCUAUUCAACCAGGGAGGUGGGAAGCAGAAUGGGCUGUGACCCUCCCCACAAGAAGGUGGCCAUGGUUUUCUUUCACCUGAUCACCUCACAUUCUGGAGCCACCUUUCUCUAAUUGAACCCCCUGACAGGAUACCUUUGGCCCCUUGCAACUCCAUACCCUCUCUGGGUCUCCCGGGCAAGCCCAUGGGUGGGAAUUGGGCUCAAACUUUCAGCUUCAUCAUUGUUCUUGUUCAAAAUUGGAGGGAGGGUUUGCAGGAGAGAUCAAACUUGAGGUCCAGGGAGGCUGGUAGGCCAAGUCAGAGGGGCAGAAGGGGAUGGACCAAUGGAACCGAAGUCCAAGUGCUCUCUGCUCUGUGGGCACCAGGCAGCCCACUACCAUGCCCACAUCAACCAAAGAUACUCAGUCUUUAAUAUGUAAACCUGUACAUAUAAAAAAUGUAUUUACACUUCGUGAGACCAGGGGUCUCUCUCAUCCAAGGCAACGGAACCUCUUUCUUGCCCAUUAAGAACUUCCAGGUCCGAGGCAGAGUUCUCCCUCCCUUGUCUCGAUAGUCUAGAACCAACACGUGUGGCCUCAGGAGUUGCCACGGCCUCCUACAGUCAAUCAGUGGAAGUCUUGUUCCUGACUACUCUCGUCUCCACCUCAGGCUAUUGUCUCUGUGCAGGCACCCAAUUCCCAUCCUCAGUAGGUCUUUGAAAGGCUGGGGAGAGAGGAGGUGUCAGAGAGAGAGAGAGAGGGCCAAUAAAAAGAAACCAGAACUCCAUGUGCCAAAUUUUUGACAACUUCCGGAGCCAGGAGACUCAUCGGAUAUCAGCAUUUGAAGGCCUCUAAUCGAUCAGGACCAUGGCCUUCGUCUCCGGCAGCAUCCUGGACACAGUGCCAGGCAUGUUACUCCCCCAACCCCUCAGCAACCAAUCGAUUUGUUUGCACUGUUUCUCAGAGAUAAACUUGAGUUGGCCAACAGGUUUGGCCCAAUCGGUACGCAACCCUUUUUAAAAUUAGCUUAAUCAGAAUAGUUUAAAAGAGGAAAAUUCCACCAUGCUAUAUCUAGUAGUAUUCUAAGAAGCAUCUUAUGUAGCUGAUAAUAAUGAGAUGAUUUAUUGAGUACCGUUUUAAUGAUUGUGGUUUCAAUAAGGAAAAUUGUAUGUGACUAACAUGUACAGUUAUCCAAUUAUUUAUUUUUAAUUUAUCUCUCAUAAAUGAAGCAAGGUCCAGGAUUUUUCAUUGUAAUUAAGUGGAUCUGUUCUGUUUUCCCAUUUCUGAAGUCGAGAUUUGUGCAACACACUUGCGGAGUGUAUCUCGGUAGCCUGGUUUGACUGGGCUGUGUGGUCUUGCUUAUGUCAACCAGGUGGGGAAAGUGAGGAGGAAUUGUGUUUCCUAAUUAUUCAAACUUCAAAAAUAAAAUUCAGGAUAUCCCCCAGUCAGACCACGGGUCCAGGGAAUCUCAUCUCUGCUGUGACAGGUUUCAAGCAUUGUCAUGGGAAAUGUGAGUGGGGGAAUUCGCAAAUCAACCAAUUCCAACUGAACCCACACUUGUCUGCAAAUGAACAAUGUACAUCUUACAGACCAUUGUAAAUAAAACAUAACGUUGAAAAC